CCCGGGCGCGGGGCGCGCGUCUAGCUGUGUGCGACUGGCCUGCUCCCCCGAGGGGCGUGUGGCGCGCCCCAGGUGCGUCGGCCUCCGCGCCAGCGCCACCAUUUUGUGUGAGGGAAUGCCUCCUUCUCCUUCCUCCGCCCGCCGCGGCCCGCUCCCCAGCUGCUGCUUGCUGUGCCCCCUCUACUCCCCUCCCGUCCCACCUCUCCCACCUGGAGCCUGUCCGCCCGGUCGGUCGCCUCAGCGUGGGGGAAGCGGACCUGGUGGCUGGUGGGGCGGAAGCAUUUGGACUCGGGUUCAGCCACGGAUGCUCUGACGGCCUCUCUUACCUUUAACCACUUUUGGAAUAGAGGAUGGCAUUCCCUGUGGAUAUGUUGGAUAAUUGCAGUCAUGAGGAAAUGGAAAAUUCUGCUGAAGAUUACAUGUCAGAUCUCAGGUGUGGGGACCCUGAAAAUCCUGAAUGUUUUUCUCUUCUCAAUAUUACGAUUCCUAUUAGCCUGUCAAAUGUAGGCUUUGUACCUCUCUAUGGUGGAGAUCAGACCCAGAAAGUUCUUGCUCUUUUUGCACCCGAGGACUCACUCACAGCUGUGGCACUUUACCUUGCCGAUCAGUGGUGGGCUAUUGAUGAUAUUGUGAAAACAUCUGUCCCUUCUAGAGAGGGACUUAAGCAGGUGAGAACUCUUGGGGAGAGAGUGGUUCUGUAUGUUCUGAAUCGAAUUAUUUAUAGAAAGCAGGAAAUGGAGAGAAAUGAGAUCCCAUUCCUGUGUCAUAGCAGUACUGAUUAUGCUAAGAUUCUGUGGAAGAAAGGAGAGGCCAUUGGGUUUUAUUCAGUUAAGCCUACAGGAAGCAUAUGUGCCUCGUUUCUUACCCAAAGCUACCAACUGCCAGUUCUUGAUACAAUGUUCGUAAGAAAGAAAUAUAGAGGCAAAGACUUUGGGCUUCAUAUGCUGGAGGACUUUGUUGAUUCCUUUACAGAAGAUGCACUUGGCUUGCGGUAUCCACUGACCUCUCUCAUGUACACAGCUUGCAACCAGUACUUUGAAAAAUAUCCAGGAGACCAUGAACUGCUUUGGGAAGUUGAAGGUGUUGGACACUGGUACCAGAGAAUACCAAUCACCAGAGCAUUACAAAGAGAAGCAUUUAAAAUUACGGCAGUUUCUCAAAAUGAAGCUAAAAGACCUGUGUCUGGAGAAUACGGUCUUGCAUCUGUUCCAGACUGUGAAGCAGGAGCUGAAGACAGUCUGUCUAGUGAGAUGCAGCUAACUAUUGAUUCUCUAAAAGAUGCCUUUGCAAGUACUUCUGAAGGUCACGGUAAAACACCUGUUUCCACUCGUACUCGAAGUAGUCAUCUAAAGCGGCCAAAGAUUGGAAAACGGUUUCAGGAUUCUGAAUUUAGUAGUUCUCAAGGGGAAGAAGAAAAGACUCCCCAGACUUCACCUACAGCUUCAGUGAACAAAUUGGAGUCUACUGCACGAACAUCAGAGAGCUCAGAAGAAUUCUUGGAAGAAGAACCUGAACAGAGUGUGAUUGAAUUUGAGGAUGAAAGUAGUGACAAAAAUGUUCGACCAGCACCAGAAACCCAGCCGGGCCUGGAAAAGCAAGAAGGUGAAAAGGAAUCUGAGUCAGAGCCUAUGAAUGGUGAGAUAAUGGAUGAUACUCUUAAGACUUCACUUAUAACAGAAGAGGAGGACUCCACUAGCGAAGUUUUAGGUGAAGAAUUAAAAUUGCAGUCUUUUAAUUCCAGUGAAGACUCUACGAACCUUGUUCCACUGGUGGUAGAAUCUUCAAAAUCUCCUGAGGCUGUUGCACAGGAUAAGACUUCACAUGUAACUGACUCAGAAAUGUUGCUAGAUGAAGGCCCAUCUGAUGACAAGGGGCACACUGAAGAGAGGCUGCCUCUAGUUUCAAGAAAGAAAGCACAUUUCGGGAGUUCAGACAAUGUGGCCACUCUCCCAAAUGAAGAACGGGCCGACAGUGGUUUUCCAAACUCCGUGGUAACUGAAUUUUCUGAAGAAUCGAUUCCUGAAAAUGUAUCACCCAACACUACUGCCUCGUUGGAAGACCAGGGUGAGGAGGGGGUAGCUGAGCCCCAGGAAACAUCUCCAGCUCUUCCUCAGAGCUCUUUAAUAGAGGUUGAACUUGAAGAUGUGCCAUUUUCACAGAGUGCAGGACAGAAGAACCAGUCAGAGGAGCAGUCUGAAGCAUCUUCUGAGCAACUGGAUCAGUUGACACAAUCAACAGAGAAGACUGUGGAUAGCAGCUCAGAGGAGAUAGAAGUGGAAGUGCCUGUGGUCGACAGGCGGAAUUUAAGAAGAAAGGCCAAAGGGCACAAAGGACCUGCGAAGAAGAAAGCCAAGCUGACCUGAAUGAGGAAGAAAUGCGGAUGAUAAAUCCUCUUCUUUGUAACAAAAUUGUUGUUUUUAAAAUAUGGCAGUUAAUAAAUAGCAUGGGGCACAGGACAAAAACUCCAAAUUUUCAAUUUGAACUUAUUUAUGAUGCCGCUUUUCCCUCCCCCGUAGGACCUAGGAUUCACAGUUCUUUUUAAUUUUUUCAGGCUAUUUUGUUUAAGUACAAUUUUUUUUAUUUUUAUUAACCAUGUUUCGAUUUUGGGAAACCAGAUCAUACUAUAUUUUCUUUAGCAGUUGGGGAUAUCUGACCAUUAAUAUUUCAGAAAAUAUAAAUUAAAAAAUGUGAAAGUAGUAGGGCUUCCAUCAGUUGUAAGGAUCACAGAAAUCUUUUAUACUAAGGGUUUUAAUAGUAAUCUUGGUGAAGGUUCUAGGAGUUUUAUCUUAAAUUUCAAAACUAAUCACCAUUUUUUAAAAUGUAGGCAUGCUUAAACAAAAAUGUCAGUAAAUUAGGAUAAAUGCAACUUCAACUAAAUAAGAGCACAAAUUUGGAAAUUUAUGGUCAAAGGUUUAUGAAGGUGGUAUUUUGGCCUCUUAGUUCUUAGUUGUAGGUGCAAUUUCUUCCUUUGACUUCAAUGUCUGUGGAAAGGCACAAACAAAAUGUUUCCAGUUCACUCUUGAUAACAUCUGAUAUUAACAGUACUGCUAGGGAUUUAACCCUGGCCUGUAGGCACUUGUAUAAUUAUUUAAAAUUUCAUUUGAAUCUGGGGACUGUACUUUUGUCCUCACCCAGUUAACAUGUAUACUUUAGAAAUGUGAGAACCCUUCCUAAGGCUUCACCUUAAUCCUGCCACUGUCUUUAUUCUAGAAUCUUCAUUAUAUUCCCCUCACUUUCAUCCACUUCCCUAACUCAUGGAGUGAUUCCUGUCAAAAGAUCUUGCCUGCCUGCCAGCUUAUGCCCUUGGCUUCCAUUUUUGGUAGGUUUGGAACUGCGCCCCACAAUCUUAGACCUAGAUGGCAGGAAUAAGCUGCCCUAGGAGCCAUAGUUACAAGAGCUUAAAUCACAUUGGAGGCUUCAUUUGUCCCUUUUGGCUUGCUCACUUUUGAUUUAUUCCGUGCAGACAGGUUACAGUCUAGCCUGUGUGUACACUGUGGUUGCCUUUGCCUGGGUAAACUAAAAACAACAUCCUCAAUUGUUUAUUUUUGUGUAAUAAUUUAUUUAAAAAUGAACAAAAUGGUUAUUCUUAGAAUCCAAAGAGAAUCUUAAAACAGUCCUACUCUUUGGAAGUAUUAUGUGUACUCAAAUUUUCAUGUAAGUUUGAGAAUGCUUUGAGGCCAUUUAGAUUGUUUUUAAAACUGCUUGGUCCUUACAUGAAAAAAAAUGUUAUGACUUUGUGUCAUUAUUUGAGGUGCUAAGGAUUGAUGCUGAAGGUUUAUUCAGUCUACAGUCAGGUGAUACUAAAUUUUAUUUUGGGAUGUUGGCAUUUUAGGAAGAUUUGAAGUUAAGGUAAAAACCUUUAGCAGACAAAAUAGCAAACCCUCCUUAUUCGUGUAAAACUUUGAAUACUUGUAUCCUCUACUAUUUUCUUUAAUUAUUGGUCAGUUAGGCCAGAUUAUUCCAUUCUAAAUGAAAAUUAAGCACUUUGGCCAUUUGUUUUCCCAACAAAUGCUAAUCAAGUGAAAGAAUAAGUAUGACUAAUAUU